UUCAUCGUGAGUAGUCGUUGUGUGCGUGUGUUCUUCCUCCCCUUCGUUCGAACCCUAGACCCGCCCCCGGAUCUGAAGUCGCCUCCUUGCCUCCCCUUCCUCGAUCGAUCCGCCUGCUUAAUCUCGUCCAUCUCGGUUGGAUCGCCGCAUCUCCGAUCCUCUCCGGCCGUCUCAUUGAGGAAAUUUAGCAAGGAAAUCAAUAGGACAGUGAUCUUUGGACAAAACAGUGUUAAAUGCAAGUGAAGUUGAAUCAAUGGGGAAUGUUGUCAGUUCAGUAACAUCUGGGUUUAUCAAUGUCAUUGGCGACAUAUUUGGAGCUCCAUUAGAUUUUCUCUCUGGCAAAUCGUGCAGCUCAGUAUGCGAACCGACAUGGGAUCUUUUGUGCUACAUCGAAAAUUUCUGUGUUGCCAAUCUUGUGAAGAUGGUUGCAGUUCUUGCUCUCCUUUAUGCUGUGCUGCUGUUUGUCUACGUGCUCUACAAAAUCGGAUGUUGGCAAUGCGUUUGCAAGGGAGGUUGCAGGAUGCUCUGGCAAUGCUUAAUGUCUUGCUACUCGUCUUGUGAGUAUGGCUGCAUGUUUGUGUGGUUUAAGUUGAAGAAUGCCAAAGAAGAUCGUCGGAGGAGGAUGGAAGUUUACGAACUGAGUUCGAGCGGAGUUGGAUCAGACGAGAGCAUAUCAUACGUGCAUACACCAAGGUCAGUUAGAUUUGCCAGAUCUCUUUCUCGGAGAUCAAGGGAACGACGAAGGAUUCAACUGGAGAGAUCUUUGAGGGCGAGGAGUCACCGGGUGAGAGUCGGGAUUAGUCAGCACUCUGUACGCGUCAAUGGCGAGGAACCAAGGAGGCUUCACAGGCAUGGAGAUGUGCUGCAUGACGUUAAGGUCACUCAUACAUCAAGGUUUGUACAGAAAGGCAAUGGGAAGAGGAUUCAUAAGAGGAGGCUGUGGGAGUAAUUAUAUGAAUAUAUAGUUAUAAAAAAAAUAUUACACCAAGUAAAAUAAAAAUAUUUGUUUAUGAAAAAAUAAAUGAGCCUUAAUAAAUGGAUUAAU